GUCAUCAUGUUGGAAGCACUAGACCGUUUUGAUGCAAAAUGUUUUUACCUCGAACUGAAAACAACUUUUUUUUCGGUUUGUCAUGUUAGUCAAAACCAAUCAAGCUGCGCAUUUGUUCAUUAAAUCGCUUUUGAUGGCCUAAGUUCUCAAAGUGAAGCUUGUUAUGACUUAUUAUAAACUUCAAGUAUUACACAUGACUAGCAGAGAAAGUUAGCUCAAAAAUCCGACAGUUUAUUGCCGUCGUUAAAAGUUGUUAGCUGAGUUUAAAAUGGCUGAAAAUGCGAAAAAUUCAGCUACGGACGAGGAAACCUUGAAAGAAGUUUGUGGCAUGAACGGAAUAAAUUAUGCCAAAAUAGCCCAGAAUCUUGUCGAAGACGUAGCCAAAAUUGAAGUUUUAUUCUCUCCUUUCUGCAAACUCGCAACAUUGAAGCCUUUUGUCAAUUUAACCCUUUUACGGGUUUUGAAAUGCGAUGUUGUAACUUUGGAGGGCUUACAAUUCAUACCCAAAUUGCAGGAGUUGUAUGUUAUAGAAUGCGGCGUUAGAACAAUAGCUUAUUUGGAAAACUGUGUUUCACUCAAGAAGUUGUAUCUUUACGGGAACAAAAUAUCUAAAAUCGAAGGUCUAGAAUGCUUAAAAGACCUGCAAGUUCUUUGGCUAAAUGCGAACCAAAUUUCGACUAUCGAGGGUUUGGACGAAUUAAAACAACUUGUGAAUCUGAGUUUAGCUGAAAACUGUAUCACCAAAGUCGGAAACUCUCUGGAACAUUUGACAAGUUUGGAAACGCUGGAUCUAAGUGCGAACAAGAUAACGUCGUUCAAAGAUUUGACCAGCCUGGCCAAACUGGCGAGAUUAAAGUCGCUGAGUUUAAAAGACCCAAUGUGUGGACCGAAUCCGGUGUGUUUAUUAUGUAACUGUACCACGCAUAUAUUAUACCACAUGCCAUCUUUAACUCACCUAGACUCGCAGGUAGUUACAACCGAAAGUGUCCGUGAAGUGGAGUCGAUAGUGUUGAAAAAGAAGAUGUACUAUAACAUGCGAGUGAAGACAGUCAGAAGAAAUAUGGCUGAAUUGUUGAAGCAGCUUGACACAGAGACGAAGAAAGCGCAAAACAUACCUGUUAAUAAGUUAUUAACUCUAACUAGGACAUUGAGAAGUGUGGAGCGGGAGUUGAUAGAAUUAGGUGAAGGUUCUUUUGAGGAGCUGGAAACUUUCAAUUACUCUGGAUCAACGUCGGCGUUGGAUCCAGCGUCAACGAAAGCAGCAAAAAAUGUCGAGCAUGAUUCGACUCUAAUCGCAAGUCUGAAAGAAAAGGUCAUUGAACUCAAAAAUGCGAUUCUUAAAUGGUCCAACUUGAUAAAGCAACUCGACAUGCAAAGCUCGGAUUUCAAACUGCGGAUCAAAAGCGUAGCAGAAGCUUCGAUUCAAAGGCUGACAACCGAACUUGAAAGCGGUGGGAAUGUGAGGUUCGAAGACGGUCUUCCGUCGGAUCCUUGGUACACUUCAUGUCGAGACCUUGUGAUGUCUAGGUUCUGUGCAUCGUCGCUGAGACAGUUCGACAUUCAAGGGAUUCGAAUCCAAAGAAUAACGAGAUUACACAAUCGCAUGUUGAGACUAAACUUCGAUGAUAAACUGGAUGAUGUAAUCGAUGAGUCACAGUCAAGGAAUACUUCCCAGUUUAAGAAGAAGUUUGAAUACCUUUUCUAUACCUGGAACCCAAACGUGCACCAAUGUUGCAAAGAUACAAUGGAUUUAUACGAACAAGGUUUGCCAGAUUUGGAUUUUUACGAGUCGAAUAGUGAACUUCCAGCGAUUCCUUUGACUAAUAGUGUUAGUUUAGCUGAAAAGCAAAGGUUACACAAGUUGCAUAAGACGUCAGUUAAGCGCCUAUGUGAUCAAGAGGACGCGAGUCAUGGCCAAUUGUUGGUGUGUAAAGUGUACCUAGGUCGAACAGUGUUGACACAUGACACAUCUCGUAUUAGUGCCGAGAAUUUUCCGAACGUCGACUCGGUGUUCAACCCGAUUUCGGCACAGAAUACGACAGGAAGUUCGGCUCAAAAUGAUGCAAAUGACUCAACGCAAAGCAAAACGGCAGUUGGGUCUGAAAAUUCGGAUGAGCAUUCUAGCUGUAGCUCCAAUAACACGGCUAACUCGAGCAAUAACCAAAACUCAGAUUGUGACUGUAUCACAAGGCAGUGUAAUUGGUUCCUAUUCGAUAAAGAUCUAGUCGUUCCAGAAUACAUUGUAGACUUUAAUUACAGUUUCAGAACUAAAUCCAGUUCACCUUUCGUUAAUUUACCUGACGGAGUUGGAAUUCAAGGCCAAAGUUUGACCCUUACUGAGCGAUUAGGAGUGAAAAGUGACCUUGAAACAGAUGAUACCGAGUUGAUAAGUUCGACCUUGAAAAUACUGCCCAAUAGACUGAGGUUCACUUCGGCUUGCGAAGACAUUCUGCUAAAAGUUACUGGGGAGAGUAUUUUGACGAAUAUAACAGUUCUCAAUUUGCAUCACUGUGGUAUAAACAGAGCGAAACCGAUUCCCACGCUGCCUAAUUUGACGAAGCUUAUUAUUAGUUAUAACGAGUUAACAAGACUGGAAGAUUUCGGUAAAAUUCCAACGCUUGAAUACCUCGAUGUAACUUCAAAUAAGCUAAACACAUUGGAAGGUUUGAAAAACUUGACAAUGUUGAAGUAUCUGGACAUUUCUUGGAACGAGUUAUGCAAUAGCAGAGAUGACGUUGCAAUAUUACGUAAGCACGCGCCCAAUAUAGUUCACUUGAAUCUCGCUAAAAAUCCUUGGAGGAAAGCUGAAAAUUUACGGCUGAGGGUUCUAGGUCGACUUAAGUUGUUGAAGACUUUGGACGGAACGCUAAUAACAGAUUUAGAAGUUUCGGCUGCAAAUAAAGCCGCAGCCAGUGCUCGUGUUUCGCCGACGGCGCUGAUUUCUAAUGGCCGAACCGAUUCUCAUAGGCCGAGAUCCUUAAGCUUAGCUCCCUAUUCGGAAAUCAUGUUCAAAACAAGCAAAAAGAAACCGGAACGCUUUUCAGAAGUGGACGGAACCUGGCUGACUAAGAUCACAUGUUUGUAUCUAGACAGUCAACAUCUAAGCAAACUCUCGAAUUUGGAAAGACUAGAAAGUUUGAAGUUUGCAUCUUUUCGAGAUAACGAUAUAACUAAAAUCGAAGGUCUAGAUAGCUGUGUAAAUUUGGAAGAGUUAUGCUUGGAUAGCAAUUGUAUUCCCAAAAUUGAAGGGAUCUCAAAAUUGACGAAAUUAAAACGACUGAGUUUGAGUAAUAAUGUAAUUACGCAAAUUGAUUCCCCCUCAACUGAAGCCUUGACUUCUCUAUAUUAUCUGUCGCUAGAAAACAACCAAAUAUCGACUCUUCUACCGCUCAGUAACGUUGCAACCCUAAUGGAGCUGUACCUCGGAAACAACCAAAUAUCCAACAUUCGGGAGGUUUUUCACCUCAAAGGUUUCCAAAAUCUGGUAAUUUUGGACUUGUUUGGCAACCCAAUAGUUUCAGCGGAUGCCCAAAAUUACAGGUUGUUUGUAGUCUACCAUUUGAAAAGUCUAAAAGCGUUGGACGGAAGCGCAAUCUCAAAUUCGGAUUUAAACCAAGCGAGAGAAUAUUUUGGCGGCAAGCUUACGAUGGACUUCGUGGCCGAUAAGUUACGCGUGAAUGAGUUUACUCAAGUUCGUGAACUGGAUUUUCCGAGUUGUGCGAUUCGGUAUGUGGACCUUGGAAAUGCUAAUCUAUUUAGCAACCUCAGAAGUCUAAACCUCGAGCAUAAUUCACUAUCUUCAUUCAGCGGGUUAAUUUAUUUGGACAAUUUGCAGGUUUUAUGUCUAAAUUACAACAAAAUUGAGACUAUUUUAGAUUCAAAGUCGAGUAAAAACAGAAAUUCAGAGGCGCAAUAUGGUUCAAUCGAAUCCAUGCGAUUUAUAUUGCCCAAAUUGGAAGUUUUGCAUUUGGGUUAUAAUGGAAUUUCGGAUAUAGCCAGCCUACAGUUAGACAGAAUUACAUCAGUAAGAUCGCUUUUCUUACAAGGCAACGACAUUUCUGAAGUAGAUGGCUUGCACGCUUUAACGUCACUUCGAGAUCUAGUAUUGGAUCGAAACAAAAUCAAAAAUAUCGGCCCGACAAGUUUUGUCAGAAACGAAAUGUUAGUCGAACUGCAUUUGGAAGAAAAUCGACUGCGUGAACUAACAAAUAUUCACUUUCUUCAUAGCUUGCAAAGACUGUACCUUGCCAAUAACAGGCUGCAAGAUAUGUCCGAGUUAGACAGACUGGAAAACUUGCCUAACUUGGUGGAAGUGAAUUUGACGAACAAUGCGAUAUCCAGAAGGCUGUUACAUAGACCAGUGUUGGUGUUCAGACAGCCUAAUUUGGAAAUCAUCGAUGGAAUUUCGGUGACAGAUGAGGAGAGACAGAAGGCGGAUAUGUACUUCAUGGACCAACAGACCACCUUACAGGCACCCUCCACCAUUCCCCAGAUACAAAUGACUGAUAACAUUCUACCAGGUAUUAAGUCGAGUUCCGUGAACAGUCCGAUGAAAGUAACAAGCGUUCAAUUGGGUUCGAGUCCCGGUCAGCACUUCGCUCUGGACGAAUCUGGAGCCGCGAUGACCCGCAACAGACAUCAAAGGAGCUCGGGAGCCGCAAAUGCCGGAGGCCAUCUAGUAUCGGGUCUGGCGGGUCAAAGGUCCGCUGGGAAUAUUAACAUGACGACCAAUGCUAGAUUGUACAGACGGUUCUUCCAAACGCCUCCGAAGUAAAUUAAUACAGUUUGGGAAAACGCAGAAGAAAAACCAAAUAAGUUUUUUUUUAUUUCAUAGCAAAGUGUCUCCCAGCUUUUAAACCCCAAAGUUUCUCCAAGGUUUGGCAGAAUUUUAUCCGCUGAGAUUAGAAAAGUUCUGCAAGCUGGCUUUUUUAAGAAAAAAGUAUGUUUUUCUGUGCUUUUUGAUGCUUAAAUUUAUAUUAGAGUUCGCUAAGCUAGCUUUAAGAGAGUUAUAGAAACCAUUAUGCUAUCAAAUCAUCUCAGGCUUGUAAUUAUUUACUGUGAAAUUAGAGUGUAAAAUUGUAAAUACGUGUUCAUUCAUUGUAAAUAUUUAUAGAAAGAUAGAUUUCAUCAA